AUGGGUAUUCCAAAGUUUUUUCGGUGGAUCAGUGAGAGAUAUCCUAUGUGUAGUCAAUUAAUUACAGAAAAAAGAGUUCCAGAAUUUGAUAAUUUAUAUCUUGAUAUGAAUGGUAUUAUUCACAAUUGUACACAUAUGGAUGAAAAUAAGAGGGAAAUUCCAGAAAAUGAGGCGUUUCUUGCUAUUUUUAAAUAUAUAGAACAUAUUUUCGGGACAAUAAAGCCUAAAAAGCUUUUUUUUUUAGCAGUAGAUGGAGUUGCACCAAGAGCAAAAAUGAAUCAACAAAGAUCACGUAGAUUUAGAGCAGCAAAGGAAGCAUACGAAUUCUAUCAAGAAAAAAUCAACAAGGGAGAAGAAGUUCCAAAAGAACCAUUUGAUAGUAAUUGCAUUACUCCAGGAACUAUAUUUAUGAAGAAAUUAUCAGAACAAUUAAAAUAUUUUAUAAAUAGAAAAGUAUCUGAAGAUGCAAACUGGAAAGAAAUAGAUAUUAUUUUUUCAGGUCAUGAAGUCCCUGGAGAAGGAGAACAUAAAAUUAUGGAGUAUAUACGACUUUCAAAAGCACAACCUAAUUAUGAACCUAAUUUGCGUCAUUGUUUAUACGGUUUAGAUGCAGAUUUGAUUAUGCUUGGUCUCCUCAGUCAUGAUCCUCAUUUUUGUUUAUUGCGUGAAGAAGUUUUAUUUGGUCCUUUAAAGAAAAAAAAACAGGAACUUGAGGAGCAAAAUUUCUACCUAAUGCACUUAUGUUUGCUUCGAGAAUAUCUUGAAAUGGAGUUUCAAGAAUUAAAAAGCAUAGAUGAUUUUCCAUAUAAUUUUGAAAAAAUACUUGAUGAUUUCAUACUCCUUGCAUUCUUCGUUGGAAAUGAUUUCUUACCUAAUCUUCCUAAACUUCACAUUAACGAAGGUGCUUUAGCUUUAGUUUUUAAAAUUUAUAAAGAAGUAAUACCAAAAGCCAAGGGUUAUAUUAAUAAUUCAGGCGUAAUAAAUUUAAAACAUCUAGCUUUAAUUUUGGAAGGAUUGGAAAAACAAGAAAGAGAGGAUUUUAAAGCUCAUAUGGAAAAUAAAAGUUGGGUUAGUUCAAAAAAAAAAGAAAUAGGUGAAGAAACUUGUUUAGUGAAAAAAAAAACAUUAACAAUGACAUCUAAUCAAAAGGAAUUAUUUUUAAAAAUGGAGGAAUUUCUUAUACAAAAUCUAAAGAAAUUAGAUUUUUCACCAACAUUAUCUACUGCAGAUAGAUAUUUCGUAUCUAAAAUGGCGGAUGAUUUUCAUGUUAAGUGUGAAAAAUACACUUUAGAUAAUAAAACUUAUUUAUCUAUUGAACCUUAUAGUUCUUCGGAAAUUCAAGAUAUGAAUAAAAUAGAAUCAAUUAUUACUAAAGAACUUGAUAGAUAUAAAAAUUCUAUUAUAUUAGAUAAUGAAGAAAGCUAUUUUGAUAAAGAAAACGAGGCAUUUGAAGAAAAAUGGUUGGAAUGGAAAAACUCAUAUUAUAUUGAAAAAUUAGGAUUUUCUAUUAAUGAUACAGAAAAAUUAAGAGAAAUGGCUGAAAAUUAUAUACAAGGAUUGCAAUGGGUUUUGUUUUAUUAUUAUAGAGGAGUAUGUUCUUGGAGUUGGUUUUAUAAAUAUCAUUAUUCCCCAAAAGUAUCUGAUAUCAAGAGAGGUUUUGACGCAAAUUUAUCAUUUAAUCUUGAUUCUCCAUUCAAACCAUUUGAACAACUAAUGGCAGUAUUACCUAAACAAAGCAGAAAAUUAAUUCCAAAAAUAUUUAGUGAUCUUAUGGAUGAUGAAACUUCUCCUAUACGCGAUUUUUAUCCUGAAAAUUUUGAAUUAGAUAUGAAUGAUAAAAAAGCUAGCUGGGAAGCUAUAGUAAAGAUACCUUUUAUUGAAGAAGAAAGAUUAUUGAAAGCUAUGAAAAUAAAAGAAUCUUUAUUGACUGAUGAGGAGAAAAAGAGAAAUUCAUUUGGAUACAAUUUAAAAUAUAGUUAUGAUGAAAAUCUUGACUACAUUUAUCUACCAUUUAUAGAUAUAUUCCCUAUUAUUCCUCACUGCCAUUGUAAAGAAGAAGUUUAUAAGCUUCCUGAGAUAUUAGGAGUAGAACAACUUGUACACGGAUUAUGUAAAGGUGUAAAUCUUGGAAAUAUAUCUCCUGCAGGAUUUCCUAGUUUAAAUACUUUGCCACAUACAGGUCAUCUAGAUAAUCAAAGAGUAAACGUUUUUAAAUCAGAAAGCAAAAACGAGUCUAUGAUAAUAACAAUACAAAAUCAAUUAGAUUCAGAUACAAUAGAAAAUUUUUUGGAAAAGAAAAUAGGAAAAAGAGUAUUUGUUGGAUGGCCAUAUUUGCAUGAAGCUAGGGUAAAUGCUGUUUCAACUGAACAAUUUCGCUAUGAAUAUCUUCCUUCAUCCGAAAAUUCAGAUGUUAUUAUUUCUAAAACUUUAAAUGAUUCAGUUGCAUGGAAAAAAAGUUCCUUAAAGCUUGAAUUAAAUUAUAAAAAAUACUUUGGACUAAUAAUCAAUACAAUUAAAGCUAUUGUUCAUGUUUCAAUGUUGAAAGGAUUACGUACAACUGAAGAUGGUGCAUUGGAGAAGGAUUAUGAACCUUGUAAUAGUGAAAAUUCAGAAUAUCCUUUACAACUUGUCUUAAACGAAGUAGCUGUUGAAGAUACGCGAUAUAUUGAAAAACCUCCUCUUGAUAUUAAGCAGGAGUAUCCUUUGGGAUCUAGAGGCUUUUUUCUUGGGAAAUAUAAUUAUGGAAGACCACUUGAAAUAACUGCUCAUAAAAAUGGAAAAAUUGAUUGCUGGAUAGCAACCCAGACUAGAGAGCCUGAUUUUGGAAAAUUGAUAUAUGAAAAGUUUUUAAAAGAUAUUCACUAUUAUCCAUCUUAUGUUGCAUCCAAAAUGGCAGGAUUAAGUGGAUUAGUAUUUUCAAAAAUAUUGUCUAGUUUUUAUGUGAUGGUUGAUAAUAAAAAAGUAGAUCUUGGACUGAAUUUAAAAUAUGAAGCAAAAAAAAUAAAAGUUCUUGGAUAUUCAAGAAAAACGGAAAAAGGAUGGGAAUAUACACAAAAUGCUAUUAAUCUUGCGCGGGAAUAUAAAGAAAGAUUUCCAGAUUUUAUUCAUUCAAUCCAAUUACAUCUUUUUGAUGAUAUUCCUUUGAUCAAUAAAUUAAUUCCCAAUGAUAAUUAUAAGGAAAAAGUAAAAGAUAUUAGAAGUUGGUUAAAAAUGAUUAAUGAAAAAAAUAAUUUUGAAAGAGCUACAUUAGAUGUCGAACAAUUAGAUAAACUUGCUAUACAAACAAUUGAAAAAGAAUUAGAUAAGAUUGCAAAAAAUAUAUCACUUUUUACUCCUAAACGCAUCAAUAAUGUACCUAGGAAUGCAAUUUUAAAACCAUCUCAAUGCGAACUUAGGCUACAUGAUCAAGAGUUUUCCCUUGGAGAUAGAGUUAUUUAUGUUCAUGAUUCCGGCAAAGUUCCAAUAGCUACAAAAGGUGUUAUUGUAAAGACAGGGAAAAAAGUAAUCGAUAUUAUUUUUGAUGUCCCAUUUAUGAGUGGAACGACACUAGGUGGGAAAUGUUCUGCAUAUAGAGGACUAUCUGUAGAAACACAUUUCGUACUUAAUUUAACUAAACAAGCUUUACUUGUUUCUACAAAACCAUUGGCUAACAAAAAAUAUGACAAAAUAAAAUCUAAUGAUCGUGUAGAAAAUCCUGGAAUUCUUCCAUCUCAAUCAAUAUAUCCUUUUCAAAAAAAUGUAUACUCGAAACCAUUUCAAACCGUACCACAAAUAUAUCAUUAUAAUUCAGAAAAUCAAUCUUUAAAUACAUCUUUAAAAAAUAAUCUUCAAUCACAUUUUCAAAAUAUUCCAAAACCGCAUCAUCUUAUUCAUUCACAAGUUCAAAUACAUUCCACAAGGAGAAAAAUAGAAAAAAAAACAUAA